GCACCUCAAUCUCGGCGCUCGCGUUUACGAGGGUCGUUUCGGAAAUGGGAGAAAAGGUGUAACGUGAGGGAGAGUCAGCGCGGUUGCCCAUUGGCGGCCGCUCUGCGAUACACCGCUUCCUGGCGUUCACAGAACAGCGACAUUGCAGGUGUAAUUUCGGCUAGCCUUGAGCAUCGUUAGGGGCGCCUGCGAGGACACUACACUCGGAAAGAAACGGACGAAGGCGUGUGUGUGCGCCCGACCAUGGCAUUCCCGUCAUUCCCUGUGUCGGUUCUCUGGACUCUCGGCUCCUUGACGAUCCUUUGGGCUUCGGUGCAGAGCAACGUCCUCUUGGAGGAUGACCCCUUCCAGCCGGUGACCACAGAUGAGACCGUGUCCGUCGGCGGGACCGUGACCCUGACCUGCAGGGUGAUGGAAAGUGACAACUCCUCCCUGCAGUGGUCCAACACGGCGCAGCAGACCUUGUACUUCGGAGACAAGAGAGCUCUGAGAGACAACCGAAUUCAGCUGCAUCGGUCCACGCCCACAGAGCUGUCAAUCACCAUCGGCGAAGUUCAGCUGACAGACGACGGAGACUACACCUGCUCCAUCUUCACCAAGCCCAUCCGCACCGCCCGGGCAACAGUCACUGUGCUGGGCGUGCCGGGGAAGCCUCAGAUUCUGACCAAUAACGACGCCGUGCAGGAGGGGGGCACCAUCACUCUGAUCUGCACCAGCUCCGGCGGGAAGCCCGCUGCCAAACUGCGCUGGUACCGCGGCGACACGGAUCUGACAGGCUCGACAGAAACGGUUCAGGCAGACCCGGACGGCCGGACGUUCACGGUCCAGAGCGAGCUGCAGCUGACCGUCACCCGGGACGAUAACAAGGCCAGCAUCGGCUGUGCGGUGGACCACCCCUCCCUCACCGGGGGGAACGAGAAGACUGAGACCGAGCUCAGCGUGCUGUUUUCUCCCAGUGUCUCCAUUCAGCCCCAGAACGAUUUACCAAGAGAGGGAGAGAAGUUCUCUCUGGAGUGUAUUGGCACCGGAAACCCCGAUCCCAGCCCCUCCGCCUUUCUGUGGGAGAAGAAGGACGGCUCCCUCUCCUCGCUGGUGAAGGUGGACGAGAGCUUCCUGCGUUUCGAGGCGCUGAAUAAGUCGGACAACGGCGUGUACCUGUGCCAGGUGGACAACGGCAUUGGGAAGGGCGUGGGAGACUACACCCUGCUGGUGCAAGACCCCACUGCUAUGACCAACCAGUCAGGGGUGGACCACGCAGUGAUCGGGGGAGUGGUCGCUGUCAUCGUCUUCAUCCUGCUCUGUCUCCUCAUCGUCCUGGGCAGGUACCUGAUCAGACACAAAGGGACGUAUCUGACUCACGAGGCUAAGGGUUCAGACGACGCCCCUGAUGCGGACACGGCUAUCAUCAAGGGGCACUCUGGAGCGGACGACAAGAAGGAGUACUUCAUCUAGAGAGCGAGGGAUGGAGGGAACGAGGGAGGAGGAGGAGGGGGGAAAGAGGAGUGGCUUCCAUCUGUCUUCACACGCUGUGGGAGGUGGAGGGGGUACAGAGAGAAAACUGAGAAAAGAGAAAAAAGAGGAAGACAGAAAAAAACAAGCAAAAGCUGAAUUAAACUAAAAAAGGCAUUAAUCACACACACACACACACUCUCACGUAUACACACACACAUGCAUACUGACACACCGACUAAUAUGACCUCACAUACACGAACUAACAUACACACCAACUAAUAUGACCUCAUAUACACAAACUAACAUACACACAAAUGCACACAUACGCAUACGGACACUCCAACUAAAACAACCUCAUAUACACAAACUAACAUACACACAGAGGAACACACACUCCCACACAUGCACACACACUCACUCACUCUCUCACACACACACACACACACACACACACAUACCGAACAGCUUAUGUAGACCAGAGCUAUAAUGUUGUGAACGCCUUGGCUAUUUUAUCUGAGGUAACAGAACGUUAUAGAGCAACCUACAACACACACUCUGCAACACACAAAACGAACCCUCCACAUCCAUUGUGUGGGAUUCCACUAUAAAUAUAUAAAUAUAUAUAAAUAUAUAGCAUUGUUUUUACUCAACAAAAAAUGGUUCAGUGUACUGUAAAUAAUCUUUCUUUCUCUCUCACUCUCUUUCUCUCUCUCUCUCUCUCUCUCUCUCUCUCUCUCUCUCUCUAGCGCUCUGUAUGUCUUGCUAUGUCUGGUAUUGCAGUAUAUAUUCUAUAGCCUGCCUUGUUUUUCAUACCCGUGUGGAACUGCUGCGGUGAAAAAUAAUCAUAUCUGGGAGAAAAAAAAAAAAUGUCUCGAAAUAGAAUCUAACUACUGCAAAUAUUUGUAUGACUUGGGUUUUCUCAGAUUGCGUUGUUGUGUUGCUGUUUGUGUCGCGGCUAACAGUGUGGGACAGUCCGGUUUGCUCAGGAGCCAGGCGAUCGUUCACAUUCAUCUCCUCUUCGGGCUUCAUACGGAUUAUCCAUUCUCAGAAUUCAUAUCAACCGAUUAUAAUCGCUAUCGCGGUGACUGUCUUUUAUGUUCGUUAUAUAUCAUUCCACUACUUCGGGGCGAACUGCGUUAGUAGGGACUAUCGCUUCCUUUUUUUAGUCGUGACAUCACUUCCUUUUUUGUGGAGAAAUGCCACAGAUUGCUCACUCCUACAGAAUGAAUACCUGGCAGACUGCCCACCCCCACCCUCCCAAAAACACCAGACUGCCCCCCCUCCUUUAUCCCUCCCUUCAGACCCCGGAGUAUGCUGCCCAAGCAUGUUCAGAGAUAUGAGCCGGAGCAAAUAAGCUAACAAUAUUCCUUCCCCGAGACAACAUGUGACUGAAUAUUUGGAGUUGUCUUUUACCGUUUUAACUGUCAUUCUCUGCUGCUACUGUAUCUCUCAAACUUAGACUGUGCAGGGGACAUUGCUCUCUCUCUCUCACUCUCUCUCUCUCUGUCUUUCUUUCUUUCUCUCCCUCCUGUCUUUCUUGUAGGUAUUUUCAUGAAAUAUAAAAUAUCAUAGAUCUCCUGCAUGUCUGUAUUUUCAUCUUCCUCUCUCUCCCUCUUUCACACUAACCGCUAAUUCAUCUCUCCCUCUUUUUUUAUUUGCGCACGCAAAGACUCGCGCACACGCACGUGCACACACUCACACACGCACACACACACACACACGCACAUGUAUGCGCACAUAUACACACAUGCACUCACACAGACGUACAAACGCAGACACACACACACACUCUCACGCACACCUAGGAAUAUGCAUAUAUAAAUAUAUUGCGAGAUUGGCUGCAAUGUUAUCAUUUGUAGCACCCGUAUCUGGCGGUUCAGCAUUCUCAGUGGCCGUGUUGGUAUUUUUAUAGCACCGUUGAUAUGACUGAUUGUUUCUGUAGCACUGUUGCUUGAUUGUUGUCCACAUAUAUUUGAAACGUUCAGGGAUUCUCUCCUGUUCAGUAUAAAUGUAUAUACCAACAGUUCUGCCCAGUUCCUGUAUAUGUUCUCCUCAGGGGAGAAAGCAGUUAUGUGACUCUGUAUCUGUGUACGGAUAAACUUCCUCUUCGGUUGCAUUUGUCUGCAGUGACCACAGCUCGCCACUGGAGGGCAGUGCGAUGAAGCCUGCCUCGGUGUCUCCCCUCUCAUUCAACUAUGCUGAGAAUGAGAACCAAAGGGGCCCCUUAACGAUCCAGUUUUAGCAGUGUGUGUUUUGAAGUGUUACAUUUUAAAUUAUUGCAAUCUUUUUAUAGCUGUGCAUAUUCCUUUAUGUGUUAUUUUAAAUGCAAUUCCAUUUAUUUCCAUUUUAUUAGGAGUGCUAACUUAGAAUUUUAGCUUAGAUUUUUGUGAAUUUCAUUGAUUAGCAGUUUCCCAUUUUAACAUGAUUUGUUGUAUAUAAUGUAGCCUUUACUGCCUCUUCUUACAAAUAACACACACUUUAGUACAUUGAUACACACAGAUGCAUACACCAGUUGAGGAGAAAGUGUGUGUGUGUGUGUGUGUGUGUGUGUGUGUGUGUGUGUGUGCGAGUGCGUGGGUGUUGGUGGGUGAGUGUAGGGACAUUAUGCAGUCUGUGGCUGUGGCGUAUGCUGGCGUGUGUGUGUGUGCAUGUGUGUGUGGGUGUGUGUGUGUGUGAGAGGGAGGGAGGGAUGCAUCAUAACUAAUCCAAAUUGACACAGCUGGAAAUUGUGAAGUUUCACACUUUCAUCAAUGUUUUAUUUUUGAAUGACAGGCUGCGUUGGUAUUAUUUUGGAUGACAAGUCUUCCCUUUGAAUAAAAUAUUCAUAUCACAUGAAAAUGGUACUACUGUUUUUGUUACUUUCUAUCAGAGAUGAUGAAGCACCAAUAAGUCAUCAAAGUAGGAUAUUCUGCAGAGAACUGUUGUUUUGUUCAAAGUGGAGUUUUUUUUAUUUUGUUUCUGUUAUGAUAUCAAUACGUACAGUUCUUUACUUCAAAUAAACAUGCAUUUGGGUUAACUUA